AACUUUUCGGACAUAAAGGACCAUAGUCUUAGUGGUAAAGUACUAUUUGAAUCAUCGUAAAAGUGAAGAGAACCGUAACUGUGGUUCGGUCCGGUUCGAUUAUGGUUCGGUCCUGGUUCGACAUGACAGCUAAGUUCUGGGACCGGUCCCGGUUCUGGUCCUCAAAACGUCACCCCAAGACUGGACCACGGCACCCCUAGUUCAGAGUGUUACAGGUGGACCGGGGGUUGCAUUGGGGCAUAGUGGUGUCCAUUGAUCCCAACGGGGGGAGUGGAUUCUAUGAGAUUCUUUAGGGCGUGGCGGGUUUCUUGCCUGGAUGCUGUGGCCGUGUCAGGGUGGAGAUUGGGCAGCGACAUUUCUGUCUUGGAUCAGCGGACAAAUUGGCCACGCAAUUACGUAUGACAUGGAUAAUACUCAUUUGGUUGUGGCAUGGGUUAGUUCAGAUAACUAUGGACUAUCGCACUCAGGGUUCAAAUUCUUGGUCGACCUCAAGUGGAUCAACCAGCAAGUUGAAGCGGCUGGGGUCAUCGACGACACCUCAGCCGAAGUUAGAAACCUUCACGCUCGAUACUGUUCAAGAAUGGGCUUCGGCGGACGACUUCGACAAGAGGUAUGGGUACGUCCAAAAGACGCCUGAGGUCCUCGGCGAGGCAGGGAUGAAAUACGUCCUGCUGUCGUUGUGGAGACACCAUACCUCCAACGAGGCAAAGGCUCGUAGGGCGGCUAACUCGGCCGCCUCCAAGAUUUCAAAACUGCAUAUGGGUGAUUACCCUAUGCCGCCUCCUCCCUCUCGGGUCGGGCAUUCGAUCUAUGCCCAAACCAUCUUCACUCGCGCCCCCCACAAAGGACGCGAGUUCCUCUCUCUCGUUUGAUGGAUGGCAAUUAUGGCCAUAUCAUGCUCAGGUAUUGCUGACAACAAUAUACAUUUAUUUAGCUUGGGUUCCGCCAUUUACUUGUAAUCUCCCACAAUGAUCUCCGAGGCAAGCUCUGCAAUCGCAUAGAUUGGAAUCUGGGGGUGG